UGUCUUGGCUAGAGCGAGUGAGACGUAUCGCGACGGUACGCACCAGACGAAGAUGCCCUAAUUUAUUUAUAAAUGAUCUUAUAUAAAACAAAAACUUCAAUUUGAACAAAUAUCGAUUCUAAUUUUUUACCCUUACAUCACAGGUAUUAUAAAUUGAAAGUAUUAUAAUGCAACAAACGAACAAAUAAAUAGUUAAUGUCAAAAUGUCAAAGUUGGGUAUCGCUGUCGUGGUUUCGUGUUUCAGGGGGCGGCACGGGCUUCAUCGGAACCCACCUCUGCAAAGCCCUGAAGUCCAAGGGCUAUUCGGUCACCAUUAUCUCGCGAAUGCCGGGCCCCCAACGCAUGACAUGGAACGAACUAAACGACAACGGACUUCCAGAGGGUACAACCACUGUGAUCAACCUGGCAGGCCAAAACGUCCUCGACAUGAAACAACGUUGGAAUGCGGGCUUCAAACAAAACGUGUUCAACUCCAGAGUUAACACAACCGCGUCUCUAGCCAAAGCGAUUACAGACUCAGACCACAAACCAGCAGUCUUUUUGACAAUAUCAGGAGUAGGAAUAUACAAACCGGAUAAAGUUAAAAUCUAUGAUGAGUCCUGCGCAGGGGAAGAGUAUGAUUUUUUGUCGAGUUUGUGUCAUAAGUGGGAAGACGCCGCUAAACUUCCCGACAGCGAUACGAGGCAAGUGACGAUUCGUAGUGGGGUAGUUUUAGGGAAGAACGGCGGCAUGAUUAAGCAGCUGUACAUGCCGUUCUUUUUGGGGUUAGGGGGGCCCGUGAUGCCCGGUGAUCAGUUCUUACCAUGGAUCCACAUUGACGAUAUAGUUGGUUUGAUGUUAUUCGCUAUUAAAAACAAUAAGGUUGACGGGACGAUGAAUGGAGUGGCGCCACACAGUGUAACCAAUAAGCAGUUCACUGACGCGUUUGCUAAAGCCAUGGGUCGACCGGCCUUAAUACCAGUCCCUAAGAUGGUAUUGAACGUGUUACUAAGUCAGGAAAGGGCGAAUAUGCUAACACAAGGGCAGAGGGUUCUCCCAAAGAAGGCCACAAACCUAGGCUACCAAUUUAAGUACCCUGAUAUUGUCUCAGCCUGCCAUGAACUUGUAAAAAAAGAUUGAUUUCUGUGAUUUAUUGUCGUUAUUAAAAAAUUACUACAACUUCAA